AUGGGUAUCUCGGUCGUGGUUCACCCGUGCUGUCACCAUGUCACACUCUCUCUGCUCGUACUUGUAGCACUUCCAACGGCACUCGCCGAAGGAGGCAGUAGUAGUAACAAUGACGACGGGGUACCAAGCUUGUCCGAUAUGGACACUUACGAUGCGCUCGCCAUUGCGUUCAUGGUGAUCGGGCUAACUGCAUCUUCCGCGGGCGGCUUGGGUGGCGGUGUAAUCAUGGUACCGGCCAUGACGAUCAUCAUGGGAUUCGAUAUCAAGCGUGCAACCCCCAUUUCCAACAUGGCUAUAUUGGGUGGUGCCGUGGCUAACGCCUUGUACAAUAUGCGCAAACGCCACCCGACGGUGGACCGUCCUCUGAUCGACCCGGAGCUGGCGAUGGGCAUGAUCCCGGUCGUUAUCGGUGGCACUGUUGUGGGUGCUGUAAUCAACAAGCUUAUCCCAAACUACGUGCUUUCGCUGCUGCUCGUCGUGGUGUUCGCUGUGGGCGGCUCACGGACACUGAUAAAGGGCAUCCGCCUGCAUAAGAAAGAGCUUACCAAGAAGAAAGAGGUUGAUGGUGCUGCGAAUGAGUUUGUAACUGACGUCCCUGUUAGUCCCAGUGUAUACGUGCAGGUCAGUACACCACUGAAAGACGACGUGCUGCCGGAAAAGCGCGGAAGCACUUCAGCUUUUAGUGAGGACGAACCAGGAUUGACGACAACACUAGCCCAGAUCCUGGAAAAAGAGCGACACUUUGCUUGGGGUCCUCAUAUCUCCAUCAUGGUUUGCUACCUCGGCAUCGUGGCUACUAGCAUCGGCGGUGCGUUCGUUGACUGCGGAGGUGUUGCAUACUGGGUGCUCCUGCUGAUUGGUGUCCCGUGGAUUGCUGUCUUUGUGAUACUUACGUCGUACUAUCUCCAUCAGGUGUACCUACGCAAAGCUGCAAUGAACUACCAGUACGUCGAGGGUGACAUCCGCUGGACAAAGAAGAUGGUUGUGUACUUCCCUCUUGGCUUCGUAUUUGCUGGCAUUGCCGCGGGCAUGUUCGGUGUUGGUGGUGGCAUUGUUGCUGGUCCCAUCAUGGUCGAGCUGGGUAUCGUGCCUGAAGUGGCCUCGUCCACGACGGCGCUGAUGAUUCUGUAUUCAGCUGCCGCCGCCACAGCAAAAUUUGCUGUAUUCAAGAUGAUUGCAUGGGACUGGGCUCUGAUGCUGUGUGCUGUGGCAUUCGUGGUGACUUGUGCUUCACAAGCCGUGAUCUUGGGCUUCGUACGAAAGACGGGUCGUCAAUCGAUCAUUGUGCUUUGCAUCGCUGCGGUAGUGCUCAUUGGGUGCGUGAUCAUGACGUACCAGGCCAUCAAGUCUACUGUCGACGAUACUGGUGACCAUUUCUCCGCCAGCAUUUGCAACUAG